GCACGGACAACCAACAUCAGUCGCAAGCCAGAGACUCGUCGUAUGUCGAUCCAAUUCGAAGUUUAAGAGGGUACCUCAAACCAAGUUUAGACUCAGCGACCAAUAAUAUCAUCUCACUCAGCGAUACCAUGGAGAAGACGGUCACCAGCACUGUUACCAAUGCAACCGACAACAUGCUCGCACUGCAAGGGAACAUCAACAGCGGCCUCCGCUCGGGCGUUGAGCGAGCCAACAAUGUGGAUGUCAAUAACGGUACACAUACAUGUAUACGAAGACUGGGUUGUAUAUCGCUAAGCACAAGUACACACACACACACAUAA